GCUGUGAGAUCUAUGGAUUCUUGCAAUGUCUACUGGGGUUCGCUGCUCUAAAUACCGCGGUGAUGCUUUCAGUCGAUCGAUAUUUACUUAUUGUUCAGCCAUUUCAAUCAAUCGCAAGAAUUGGCCGUCGACGAGUCUUACUAAUGAUUGAAUUCAAAUGGUGUUGGUCCCUUAUUUGGAGCUCUUCUCCUUUCUACGGAUUGGGUCGCUAUAUCCCGGUUAGACUACAGACGUCUUCCGCUUUUGACUUCCUUACACACAACGUCAAUAUUAAAAUACAUGUGGUAGGAAUGCUCAUUUUUGAAUUAUUGAUUCCAAUCGGAACAGUUUUUUUCUGCUACAUCCAAAUCGUACUGAUGAUAAAGCUGUUGACGCUUCAAACCGCAAAUACAUCGGCUAUUACAAUCAGCAUCUUGUUCAUUACAUGGCUACCCUACGCUAUAUUGAUUUUUCUCUCUGUUAACGGCUAUCACACCAACUUGACACCCCACUUUGCCGAGGUGUCUAUCGUCUUUGUCAAGUCCUACUCCGUCUGCAAUCCUGCGGUUUACGCGUUUAUGAAUGCAAGGUUUCGCAUUCGUUUGGUCAAAAUGGUGCCGUGCCUGAUUCAGUUGAGGAGGGCUGGUUGCCUUUGA